UUCUGAUUGGCUGUAUUUUCUAUGGUAUGAUAUAAAAGCAAAUAAAAAUAUCAGUAACUUACUUUCUAGGGUUUCUAUAAAGCCCUCCGAGUUCUUUUGUCUUAACCAACGAGCCACAAUUUUAUACCGCUUUUCCCACGAAUCAUAUCAAUCAUAUCGUCCGCCAUCGAUAUCAAUCAUAUUGUCCGCCAUCGCUUCUCGCACGCGGAAGACCAACAUGAAAUCAUGGAGGUGGUGUUGGGGGCGUAGGGCACGAGUUAGUUACUAAUGGUUUAAAUCUCAAAAAAAAAUAAUUUUACAUCUACGUUCUUUCAUAGCAAUGGGCUCCUGCUUAUCAUUAAUCCCGUUUUGAGGCAAAAUAAAGCAAGUUUGCGCCUAUUUUUCUUUUUUUGUAAAGAACAGAUGUAUGAUUAAUGUUAUUUUUGUGACUAAAUCGUAAAUUGAAAUGUCCCAUCCCGGGCAGCCCUUUGCGAGCAAAUACCCCGUGGUAUGGUGUCAAAUGCCUGUCAAUGCCCAGCGGGGUUUUGAGCCGAGGCUCCGGUGCGGUGCUCACUGCUCAGCGCCUACUAAUUUUGUGUUUUGCUUUUUAGAAGGCUUUCUUUUUUCAAACGAUUUAUGACGGUGGCUUUUUUCCUUUCCUUUUUUUUGUGGCUGGUGGAAGUGCAAAGCGCAUGACAGCGAGAAGUUUGAAUUUUUUGCCCGCGGUUACGACGCGAUAUCAAGGGCCCUGGGUGCAAGAAUGUAUUUUCGACCCAGGUUCUUUUCGGUCAUCUAUGUUCGCGUUUUGACGGGGGGACUGACGAGGGUAGAGUAAACAUUUUCGUGCUGUCGUGCAUGUUACUGCUGUGCUGGAAUCAAACGGAAAAUGCAUCCAGCGAUUGCAAUUUUGCUGGUUUUCACAGGCUGUUGUUCCAAUGUGAUUUUUCUGGAGUUACUUGUGAGAGAAGUUCCUAGUUGUGUCAAUACCGUCACAUUUUGCCAGUUCCUGUUUAUUGCUGUGGAAGGAUUCAUAUUUACUGCUAAUUUUGGCUUCAAAAAACCUGUUAUUCCUAUCAGUAACUAUGUGGCAAUGGUGGUAUUUUUCUUCUCGACCAAUGUAAUAAACAAUGCUGCACUGAACUUCAAUGUCCCUAUGCCCCUGCACAUGAUCUUCAGAUCAGGGUCAUUGGUGGCCAAUCUUGUUUUAGGAAUGAUUAUUUUAAAGAGAAGAUAUCAGCUGUCAAAGUAUUUAUCUGUCCUUAUGAUCACUGCAGGGAUAUGCUUGUGUACUUUAGCAUCAGCACAAAAGUUGGAGUUUAAAUUUUCCUCUGGAGACCCUUAUAAAGACUACUUGUGGUGGUGUGUAGGCAUUGGACUGCUUGUGAUUGCAUUAUUUCUUUCUGCUAGGACUGGUAUCUACCAGGAGCAGAUGUAUGCAGAGCAUGGAAAACACCCCAGAGAGGCUCUCUUUUAUGCGCAUGCUUUGCCAUUAGCUGGGUUUCUUCUGCUUUCCAAAGACAUUUAUCGUCACAUUUUCAUAUUUAACUCAUCUGCUCCUUUGGUGUUGUUUGAUUUCAACUUCCAAAUUCCUAAGCUUUGGGCGUAUCUUGCUGGUAACAUCGUCACGCAAUACAUCUGCAUCCGCAGCGUGUACGUCCUGACGUCAGAGUGCGCCUCUUUGACUGUCACGCUUGUGGUCACGCUGCGCAAGUUCAUGAGCCUGAUGUUUUCGAUCUUUUACUUCCAAAAUCCGUUCACGCUGUACCACUGGUGUGGAACGGGGCUGGUCUUUGGCGGCACGCUGAUCUUUGUUGAGCUGGCGAGCAAGAUUCGUGAAGCUUUCCGGCCCAAGAAGGAAACAAAAACAGAGUGAUGCUCGACGCUUCUACGCUGGGCGCCCAUCAAGACGGCGAAGACACGGCAAAGUAGUGAAGAAGCAUGAUAAAGCAUGUUAUGCUCUUGAAUCUAAACUUGUAUAUACUCUCAUUGUGCUUUUUGUGUUGAAGUUUGAUUCUGGUUGUCAUUUAUGGUGAUACUCCAGGACCUGCGACAGGUGAAGACAAAUUGUCUGAAAUUGAUCGUCUUUACUCGCUAAAAUGUAGCGGUUAAGCGAGUCAAAACAGACGUUAGUUUUCGCGCACAAUUCAAUCCCCACUAAAGCGACCUAUGAGAUUUGUUCCCAUAUUUUCCACAUUGAAAAACAGAAGAGAAGUUUUAUUUUGUUCUAGUCUUAAAUUGAAAAGAUGUUUAUAAGUCUGGUGAUAUUCUCUCUACAUACAACAUAUGAUUAUAUAAUAUAAUUUUGAAUGCAAAAAUCGGAUACUGAUAUUAACAAAGGUAUUGCAAAGGUUUAAAAAUUUUGUCAGCCUCCUCCAUUCGUUCCUUUUUUUAUUCGUUUCGGAGUUAUAACGUUACCAGUUGAAAAUAGUUAUUAUAAUAAAAUACAACUUAUGAUUAUAUAAUAUCGUUAUAUAGCUGGCCUUUUUGCCGCUACAGCGCGUCCGAUUAUUGGCUAGUUCAUGGUCACAUGACAUCUAACAAUGAAACUGUUUACCGCCAAAUGCCAUGAGCGGGCAACGUUGCGAAAACUGUGACGUCAAACGCAAACAGUUCACUAUUACCCGCGAAGUGUUGAUCGCUGUUGCACGUGAUCAGAGCGUGCAGUUGAAGGUGGCCUGAUGUUGUUGGGUUGUUGUCGCUGUCACUCCGUCUCGGGAAACAUUGAGAUUCUCGGGAAACAAAAUUCACUGUUCCCCUCGGGACUAGUCAUCAAGUGUUAAAUAAUACGAUUCAUGAAUGCAAAAAUUUGAUGCUGAUUCUAACAAGGAUAUUGAAACGGUUAUAAUAUUACAUCCAUUCGUUGUUUUUCUUUACUCAUUUCGGAGUGAUAACGUUGCUGUUAGACUUCUAUAAAAAUUUGUUUUACCCACACAGCGUUAUAUCCACGUCUUUUAAUUCAUAUGCAUUUAAAAAACAUUUUUUUAGCAUAAUUUAUACUAUUAUUAUAUGAACUUCAGAUAGACAAUACUAGUGAAAGAGACCUAUGUUGUUGUAAAGCAAACUUAAAUUGACACAAAGAAAAAUGGCAACGGGUUUGAAGGAACCACAUCACAGUGUGCACAUCUUGAAAAGUUUAGCCUAAAUGUUUCAAGUUCGUCUUGUGUAAUCCGUGUCAAUCUUCUCCAUCCUUAAACAUUCUGGCUCCUUCAUGGUUUAUUAUUGUCUUUUGGUGUUUUUCUAUCUUGGUAAACUACUAUUUCGAGGUUUACUUCAAUUGAGAGGGUUAAUUUGUACGUGGCAAGAAUAACUAGAAAUACCGUGACUGAGCUCCCUUAACGGUAUUUGGGCCCACGACUUUGACAAUCGUGAGCCAAGAUUCGAUCGUGUGGGUCUGAGUUCCAAUCCACUUGGUUUGUACGUUUUGAGCCUUUAUGUAGACUUUGAUAGUGAUGGCAGCAUCGAAGCAGACCGAUACUGAAAACCAGCGUCUGUGUCGAUUACCAGAAGAUAAACGUGUACAACUUUAAGUAGAACCUGCACCUUUGCAGGGUCCUAGUAAGUUAAAUUGCUAAUUAGAACAACGCAACGACCUCGGCCAGGGUUUGAACCCAGAAUAGUCGACCCGGAGACCAGCGUGCUACACGGAUUGAGUUGCUUCACAACUUUCAAGGUCACUUUGACUGGUAAAUUACUACACAAACGCGCGCAUUGAUUCACUAAGGCGAGCUAGUUGGUCAGAUUUUCACCAAACUCGCUCGUGUGGAUGAAUCAGGAUACUUACAGAUGUUCAAAACUUAUAUUUUCCUAGAAAGAAACUAAGAACACUAUUAUUAGAAGGUCGCUAUUUCUAUAAUAUGUUGAACAUACAUGUACAUUACCAACCAUUUGAGACAUCCUUACGAUGUUUCUAUAGUUAAUACAGACUUCCGUGUAAGGCUUGUAUACGUAGACAUUUUGCAGCAUUAUGAACGGUGUUUCAGUAAAUAACCGAAUUAUACCCUUGAAAAUGUUGUACGCUGUUCUUUACGAGGCGGGAGAGCCACUUGCUUGAACACUGCAUGCAAUAGUUUCAACUUCUCUCCAUGAACUGCAGCAUGGCAUGCAACGACGGGACGCAAAAGAACAACAAAAAGCAGCGAUUUUCUAAAUGGCAACUGAAUUUGAACUACAAUACGUUAGAAAACCUUCGGCCUCGUCCACAUUACGCCGGAGGCAUUUGAAAACAGAGGUUCCACUCUGAAAACGCAUCACAAAUGUUUUC